AUGCAGAAACCUCCUCGCACCAGUAUAAACAAAAACAUCAGACCAAUAUCAAACGCAGAACAAAACAAAAAUAGUACGCCCACUACUCCAGUAACGCCUACUGUAAACACUUCCGUCAACCCAAACAAUUCUACCGAAAAUAACAUAGCACCAGGAAAUUCUGCAGUUUAUGUGUUAAGUAACGGAGCCUGCGCCAGCGCCGAUAAAGAUCAUCCAGAUGCCCUCGAAUUGUUCGAUCCGGUUCCUAAGAAUAAUACUAAUGAUAUAUCUAGAUAUAGCUCCGGUUUCAAUGAUUCGUCAGAUAAAUUUGAUUGUCAAUGGGCUCUGAAUUCAACUCAACAAAUUAAAAACGCUAAUAUUAAAACGUCUACAUCGCAGCAAUCCAAUAAUCCAUCCGAAAGCAGUAAAUUUACAUAUUCUAGCAAUUUGGACACAUCAUCCAACCCUGGAAGAUCAUCAAUAGCACAGGAAACUUCUUCAUCUAACGUAGCGUGCUAUAAUAAUCCAAACAGCAUUGGAUACUCAAGCAUUUUGACCAGUAAUUUUGGCCAGUCCUCUCUUGCUUCAAAUCCAAGAACAUUUGAGGAAUUUCGAAGAUCUAGCGUAUCAGUCGGUUAUGUUUCCGUAUCGGAUCUGUGUGGGGCAGAUGAAAUAGAAUUUCUUUUGGACGAUAUAAGAGAUCUGGUAGAACCAGCUAAGUGCAAACCUGAGGACUUCCAAGAUUUUGAGAUAGCCGGUAGCAGAACAGACGCGGUGAGCGUCGAGUUGUCCUUAUUGGAGUCCCCAUUGGGGGCCCCCAUUUCCGUUCACUCAUGGGAUUCCCAUGCACACUACAGGCAGUGUGCGCCACCCCGUAUUUUGUCGCCAUUGCACGGUGUUCCUAUUUAUUGCGAUAAGAGGAAAUUCAAAAGUCCAGCGGUUAUAUUCAAAAUAUUAUUAUUUAUAACGUCCCUAUCAUGUCUGGUGACUUUAUGUUCAUCAGGAACCGUUCAGGUCGGUUUGUUCCUACUGCCAUUGCUGGGAAGAAUACGUCUCAUGAUGUUUAUAACAUUAUUUUCGAUGUUGGUUACAGGAUUCAUACUUUUUCUUGACAUCACGCAUAUCAUAAUACUCUUCCCAUUUAAUUGGAAUAAAAUUAAUACCUGGCUUUAUCUGUCUAUAGGAAUUUUGUUUAUUAUCGGAUCGUCAUUUCUAGUUCAUACAGUAUUUUUUGCGACAGACUUUGCAUGGGUGCCUAAGCAUUCUAAGCAUCAUAUAUUUGCAACAGCGAUGGUAGGUUACUUGUGUUCAUUAGAGGCAUUUUUAGUGACGCAACUCACCCGAUGCAUGUCGCCUUACACAGCAGUUCCCGAAGAUAUAAGCGAACUUUGUUUGAACGAUGGAAACGCGGACGUUCAAAAUAAUACCACCUCACCGCCAGUUAGACCCGUUUGCUACCAACAUCACAGUUUUCAGGCUAGAGCUACUGCUAAAGAAGAAGCAAAAACUCUAAAAGAAUUAGAUCUUGCUCAGAAAAACGAAAAACAGAAUCCAAGACGCACGAAGUAUCAGCCGAUACAUCUUUUUAUCCUGAUGAAUUAUUAA